AUGGCUGCUCUCAGUAAGUCUAUACCGCACAACUGCUAUGAGAUAGGACACACAUGGAGCACUUCGUGUACACUGUCAACACUGCAGGUGACAGCCAGUGCUCUGGAGGUCGCCUUCAAGAUUUAUGCACCUUUAUAUCUAAUUGCGGCCAUCCUAAGAAAAAGGAAGAAAGACUACUACAAGAAAAGACUGAUUCCUGAGAUCCUGCAGUCUACAUCUUUUCUGACUGCAAAUGGAGGCCUGUACAUUGCCUUUUUCUGCAUACUUAGGAAGCUGUUGGGUCGAUUCUACUCCUGGUCUGCCGGCUUCGGAGCUGCGCUGCCUGCGUCCUACAUUGCCAUUCUGAUCGAGCGUAAAAGCAGGAGAGGACUUCUAACCAUAUACAUGGCAAACUUGGCGACUGAGACGUUGUUCCGGAUGGCCGUCACACGAGGCAUCGUUAGUCCUCUAAAGCAUGGAGAGGUUCUGCUUUUCUGUUUGACCGCAUCACUCUACAUGUUUUUCUUCAGAAGUAAAGAUGGACUUAAGGGCUUUGCUUUCUCAGCGUUAAAGUUUAUUGUAGGAAAGGAGGAGAUCCCCACACAUUCCAGCCAAGCUGAGCUGCCCGGUGCGUCUCGCCCGGAUAGGGCAGCAUUCCCACUCACACACAGUCCGGAGCAGGGACCGUCUACGUCCAGAGGAAGGACCAUCGCUGCACUGACCCGCAGGCUGCUAGAUUCUCUAUGCAAACAUGGACCCAGACAUAGAUGUUGCAAACACUACCAGGACAACUGCAUCUCCUACUGUGUCAAAGGCUUCAUCCGCAUGUUUAGCGUGGGCUACCUCAUCCAGUGCUGCCUCAAGGUUCCAUCCACAUUUAGACACGUCUUCACCAAACCCUCCCGGCUUCUCUCGCUGCUCUAUAACAAGGAGAACUUCCAGCUCGGGGCUUUCCUCGGCUCAUUUGUCAGCAUUUACAAGGGAACCAGCUGUUUGCUUAGGUGGCUGCAUAACCUUGAUGAUGAACUUCAUGCCCUCCUUGCAGGUUUUCUUGCUGGCACCUCCAUGUUCUUCUAUAAGAGCACCACAAUCUCAAUGUAUCUUUUCUCCAAGCUGGUGGAGACUAUGUACUUUAAAGGAAUUGAAGCAGGACACUUUCCUUACUUCUCAGAAGCGGACACAAUCAUUUACGCCGUCUCGACUGCUAUCUGCUUCCAGGCGGCGGUGAUGGAAGUGCAAAAUUUGCGACCAUCGUACUGGAAGUUUCUGCUCAGACUGACCCAGGGCCGGUUCGCUUUGAUGAACAGAAAGGUGCUGGAUGUGUUUGGGACCGAGGCGUCUAGAAACUUUAAGGACUUCACUCCUAAGCUGGACCCCAGGUAUAUGCUGGUUCCUCCAGCGGUGGACGUGACGCCGAGUUAACGCCUGUUUCAGUCUUCCCUGCGUAUAAUGUAAAUGACAUUGGCGUGGUGGGGAGCGUAUAAAGCUGUAUUAAGUGUGUACUCACAUCCGCUCGAGUGAAUGAAAGGUAAUAACGGGGUAAUAACGAUCUGAGACUUGUUUACUUUUUAUGCCGGUCGGUGUAAAGCUUUUAUCAUUCAGUCAUUACAGGUGAGGUGCGGAGACCAGAUUUUCUUAUAGGAAACAGAAUCUUGCAUAGAUGCCUUAAUACUAGCAAUGUGAUUUUAGACUAGAUUGCACAAAGAUUUAAAAACAAAUAGUUUUAUUAAUCAAAAGGAAGAAUGUGUGUUUUCUUUUAAUUAUUAUUAUGCUUUAGAACAAUCUGGACUUUUAUUAAAGGCUACAUUCACGCUGCAGGAUUAAGGGCUCAAUUCAGAUCUUAUUUAUCAUCUAUAAGUAUAAUACAGGUUUUAUUUCUUACCACUUACCCUAUUUGCUCCAUAUUUGAAGUGAUUACUCCCCUUAUGUUUCCCAAAAUCUGGUUGUUAAUAAACGUUCUUUACGUAUGUUGCCUGGCUUCAUGAACAUGCUUGCCAGAUUUCAGCCGUGGGUAACUGGACACGACGAAAAGUCGCCUGAAGACUUUAAUUACAGAAUUCGGCCAUAACAUCUACAUUUACUUUACUGGCCAUAACAUCUACAUUUGUCUUUUUGUGUGUGUAGGUGUGUGUGUUUAAGCUACAGUCCGGUUUUACAGGUUUACAAACCUGGCAACCUUAUUACAAUCCAACUUGUGCACUGAAUGAACCUGAUUUUUUUUUUCUAAUGAAAAUAAUUACUAGGCACUUGUGGAUUUUAAAUAGCGUUCUACCCUCCACAUGGACUUUAGUAAUGACACCACUGGUCUGGUGGUGCACUAACUUAGCACACGGUUUAGUUGGGUGGUAUUAAAUUGGAGAAGCAGCUAACUAAACCCUAAAGUUUGCUAAUUAUGCAUAAUCAACACAAUUCUUUUAAUGUUCUUGAAAUAUUUAAAGCAAUACAUUUCAUUUAAUUAAGCAGGAUCUUUUCAUUGGAUCAUUGCUUGUAUAAAUAAAACAAUUCCAUCUGAUAAAAUCUUUAAUUUAGUGACAUUAAGCUAUUCCUGUGUAAAAGUGCACAAAAAUACAUCUAAAGCGUUAUAGUUUGUAAUUAAAUUCUGAAACGGCCUUCUCGUGACUAGUGUUGCGCUGCUGGCAAUGUUCGUCCUGUCUCUGAUUGGAUAGAAACAUAAAUAUAAUAACAAUUCAAAUACGUAUUCAAGGAAGUUAACGAAACAAAUUACUGGUGCUAAGCAGUAGGUGGACAACUGUCCUUAAGGAUUGACAUUAAAAGGUCUGAUUGGACCAUUCUGAGGUUGAACACGUAUUUAAUGCCAGUAAAUUUAACGUGGCCCGAAUUGGUAUGAAACAUGCCAGAGUCAGAGAUGUUUAGCUGUUUAAAAUAGCAAAUAUAUAUUCUGGUUAUAUUUCAUAUUAAGUGGAGUAGAUCAGAAUUGGGCCGCUUUUACCUGCAGUGUCAAUGUAGUAAGUUUUUCCCACGUAAGACAAGUGGAUCAGACCGUCGCUGUAUGUUUUAAUGUGAAAUAACGUCUAGAAAUAAUAAUAAAUCAGGCUUUUCUCCUCUGGAUCAGAAUUCUGUUUGUUUGGUUUUGUUUUAGCUGUAUGUGUAAAACGUCUCACCAGGAUCACGAGCUUUAGCUCUGGUUUAGAAAGGGCUGGGUGCUGGUUUAAACUAUUUUUGGUGCUAAAUUCUGAUCUGCUGCUGGUUUUAUGUAAGCUUAGCUAGUAAAGUAGAUAGUUAAAGUACUAAAACACUAACUCUGCUAGGUGGCUUAGCUUACACUGCUAAUAAAAAUACAGUAGUUCCAUUUAAACCUAAAAUAAUAAAACGUUGAUGGUUGCUUGUUGCUAGCUGAUUGUCUCUCACUGUGCUCAUUAAAUAGUUAAUCUAUCAUAAAACCAGCACUGCCCAGUUUAACCAUUAAUCCAUUAAGUAUUCAGCAAUUUGAACCUUCAUAUUUUGGCCAAAAUCCAUUCUGGUUGGGUCCAUCUGUAGCUUUGAAUAGUAACGUAGGUUAAUCUAAAGGAACAUGCUGUGUUCGUUAAAUAUUAAACCCAUAAUUGCCUCUCGUCUCUGUAGCACAAGUUUAAUUUGAAGUACUCACGCUGUAUAAUUGUAAUUAGAAUGAAAGUAAUACUCUAUACUUGUAUUAAUCUCUGUAAUUAAUGUACAAAAUAACAGUAACUUGUUGAUGUUAUAUUAUACUCGAUUACCUUCUCAACAGCAAGACCAACUGGAACUGGAACGUCCUAAACUUGCAUUUACCAGAUACAAUAAAACCACCUCAUAUUA